AUGAAUUCAACAUCUGACAGUAUAAAAAAUCUUUCAUUAACUGAUCCAAUAGUAACUGCGAAAAAUAAUCAUAUUAAAAGAUCGCAAACACUGCUAAACAAACCGCUGCAUACGGAACCAAAUGAAGAAUAUGUAAAUAAAGUUAAUUCAAAUAGUCAAUUGAACAACUUCGCACCGAAAACACAAGUUGACAUAACACCUGAAACAGUAAAUCAUCUUAAUCGACAUCAAUCAACUACUAUACGUCGUUCUCGUGUGAAAUGGGUGGCACGCCAUGCAUCAGUUAUUAAUACAGGGAGCUUUCAAACGAACUCAUUGCAUGACUUUCAAAUAAAUCCCAUGGCUGACACUAAUUUAAAUCAAGAUAUGUCACUUAAUCCUAGUAUUUCAAUUCCUGAUAUGACUGCAACAGAAGUCGAUGUUGAAUAUCAAAAUUUUAUUGAAAAAAUCUAUGAAGAUGAAAUUGAUGAAGCAUUGAAAUGCGCAAAUAUUUCUGUUCUAUCAUCUGAUGAUGAAGAAGAAGAUGAUGACAAUACGAAUAAUCAUAACAAUAUUAGCGAAGAUAAUGGUCACGAACAAUCGGAGACUGGUAAAGUUUUUAUUGAGCAAGGAAGUCAAAUUAUGCUAGUAGCAACAAAAGCAAAGAGAAAAAUCAAAUCUCCUCCGCGCAAACGAUCAAAAGCAAGUCCACGACGAGCAAAACACGCCAGUGCUAUGCCAAGUCAAGCAUCCAUGCCAUUAUCAUCGCCAACAAAUCAAUCAACUCUUAAUGGUGAUACAACGACGACGGCGACAACAAAUCCAAUGAGAGCAUCGGCAUCGGUUGCAAAAACUGAAGAAAAUAAUACAGCUAAAAGUUUAAUAACAGUAGAUACAAGUAAAGCUCGUUCCAAUCUUCCAGUUGUUCGUUUAUGUUUACGAGAACUCGGAUGGAAAGAAUGUGUACACGGUAGUACGGUUGAUUCUGAUAUUUAUUGGCACUCAGCUUCAUUUCAUGAAGGCCAUACAACUUUUCCAUUUACGUCAGGUCGUGUUAAUAAAUUUCCUUGCAUGAGUGAUCUAUUACGUAAAGUUCACUUGACUCGUUCAUUAAACAAUAUGAGAUUGUUGUUUCCAAAUGAAUAUGAUUUUUAUCCUAAAACAUGGUUUCUUCCGGAACAAAGUCAACAAUUUAAAGAUGACGUUCGUUAUUUACAUCAAUUAGAUAAAAAACAUAAUCGUUCACCAACUACAUUUAUUGUUAAACCGUCAGAUGGUUCACAAGGUGAAGGUAUUUAUUUACUUCGAGACCCAUCUCAUAUUGUCAAUACAAAUCGUCCGCAUGUUAUUCAAGAAUACAUCGAUCAACCAUUAUUAAUGAAUGGUCUUAAAUUUGAUCUACGUAUCUAUGUUCUUAUCCUUAAUUUAUAUCCGUUAGAAGUUUAUCUCUAUGAUGAAGGACUUGCUCGUUUUGCUACGGUGGAUUAUAAAGCUCCAACAACGGAUAAUCUUCAUGAAACAUAUAUGCAUUUAACAAAUUAUUCUUUAAAUAAACGUAGCGCUGGUUAUAAACAUCCGGUUGAUGAUAAACAAACCGACGGUAGUAAACGUAAAUUAAGUAUUGUUUGGAAACAAUUAAGUGAAAUGUUUAGUAAUGAGAAAGUCGAAAGAACAAAAAAUUUAAUUGUAGAAAUGAUUAAUAAAACAAUAUUAGCUAUUUUACCUGAACUUCGUGUCGCAUAUGAGUAUGACUUGCCAUUGCCAAAAAGACAAAAUCUAUCUUGUUUUCAGAUAAUUGGUUUUGAUAUAAUACUAAAUCAUCAUCUAAAACCAAUUUUACUUGAAGUCAAUUCAAAUCCUUCACUUCGAAUUGAUUUCGAUAAAAAUGAAGCAGGAAAAAUAAUUUACCAGUCAAGUCCAAUCGAUGAAGAAAUUAAACGACCGUUAGUUUUCGAAACUCUCAAAUUGGCUUUACCGAAGAAGAAGUUAGAUACAAUUACACGUCAUGCUAAAAUUCAAGCCAACGAGGAAAUCAUGGCUCAACGCGUUGAAAAAGUUGCUCAACGACGUCUCGAAGAACGAAGUGAAAAAUUGAAAAGUGCACGAAAAACUCGUUUUGAUAUGAAAUUAAAUCCAUUUUUUUCGCGACCAUUGGAAAGCAUAGCGAAAGAAUUUGUUCGCCAACAACAAGAACAACAGCAACAUGAACAAAAAAGAUUUAAUCAUGCUUAUCCAACACAUUCUAUUAUUGGAUCUCUAUCACAUGAAGAUUUUACGCCAUAUACAUUUUCCAAUAAUAAUAAUAAUAAUAAUAAUAAUCAUAGUCAGCCAAUAGGGUCGGCAAGAAAAAUCAUGAGACGAACAAAACAAUUAAAUUAUUCUAUUGAUGAUGAUGAUGAAAAUGGUUCACCCGUGACGACAACAGCAGUAAGUCAAACUGUUGUAUUAACAAAUAUAAAACAAUCUUCAACGAGAUCUGCAUCACAUCGUCCGCGAACAACAGAUGCAACUAUGCUGAAAUCAAUCAAUACAUUAAAAAUGAUUUUCCCAGUAGAACAUAGCACAAAAUAUCGACAUUUAUUGUUAGUUGAUAAUAUAGCUUAUAUUUACAUUCAACUCGUUGUUACAUUAGGAUUUAAAACAAUGACUGGUGGACAAUUUCGUCAUUUUGCUAAUGUAUGUGGUAUUAUGAAUGAAUCAAUAACAGCACCGACAAUCGAUAUACUUUACUAUCAAAUACUUAAAAAAUGGCAGCAAUUUGUUUUACGAACAACUUUAACAGGAUUACCAUUUGCUGCAUUUAUUGAAGCAUUUUUUCUCUUAUCACAACGAAAAUAUCCCAAUGCUCAAAAUUUUGGUGAUGGUGUUAAUCAUCUAGUAAAUACUUCUAUUCGUCAUUUACAUUUAGCUUUACCACGUCCAACAUCUCCUAUCAUUUAUCAACAAAAUCAAUAUCUUCUUCUACGUUCUGCUAGAAAUAAUAAUACCAUAAAUUCCUCAGCAUUGAAUAUUCGCUCAAACGUUGCAUUAUCUCGUACACCAACAACCAUGUCAGUGCAUCGUUCUGCAAAUGCGCCGGCAUCAGCUCCGGCUCCAAGAAAUCAAAGCCAGCAAAAUAAUCCAUCAACUAAACCUGUUGACAAUAAAACAAAUCAAAAUACGAAAAAGCAAUCAACAAAAAGUGUUUUCCCUCUCUUUUUUGAUGUUCUAUAA